UUAUACCAACAGCCUUUUGCGAUCUGUCCGUCUCUGCACCAUGCUUGGUUUGCCCGCUGUCUAACGCUCGUAACUCGUGUCUACACCAUUAAUUAACUGCAAUCAAAAAGCCUGCAGAGGCCCCUACAAAUUGCCAUUCCAUUCUGACUACAUACAACUCCGCCGCUCUCGUCUUCCCCACCCCUACUCGCAAUGGCGGCUCAGACUCCCGCCGUUGUCAUGGACAACGGCACCGGAUUCUCGAAACUUGGGUUCGCCGGCAAUGAUUCUCCUUCUUUCGUGUUCCCUACAGCGAUCGCUACAAAGUCUGCCGGUGGUGUAGGAGGCGGAACAGGAUCUGGUCGACCUGCUGUCGCAAACAAGCCUUCAUUCCUUACUGGUGGUGCAGGUCCCGGCUCACAACUAUCAGGCAAACGGGGGACGGAAGAUUUGGAUUUCUUUAUUGGAGAUGAAGCUAUUAACGCAUCGGGUGGCCCCGGGUAUGGUAUCAACUAUCCAAUUCGCCAUGGCCAAAUCGAGAACUGGGACCAUAUGGAGCGAUUCUGGUCGAACUCCAUCUUCAAAUAUCUCAGAGUUGAGCCCGAGGACCACUAUUUCCUUCUCACCGAACCUCCAUUAAAUCCGCCAGAAAACCGGGAAAAUACCGCAGAGAUCUUUUUCGAAUCGUUCAACUGCGCCGGUCUUUAUAUCGCAGUUCAGGCUGUCCUAGCCCUCGCAGCCUCGUGGACGUCUUCCAAGGUGACUGACCGUUCCCUCACCGGUACCGUAAUUGACUCCGGUGACGGUGUCACCCAUGUAAUUCCCGUUGCGGAGGGAUAUGUUAUCGGGUCCUCUAUCAAAAGUAUACCCAUUGCUGGGCGAGACAUUACACACUUUGUGCAAAACCUACUUAGGGAGCGGCAAGAAGCAGACAGCUCAAUGAAGACCGCAGAAAGAGUCAAGGAGGAGUACUGUUACGUAUGCCCAGAUAUCGUGAAGGAAUUCGCCCGCUACGAUCGAGAACCUGACCGGUUCCUGAAACACACCGUGACAUCGCCCAACGGCCGAAGCGUCACCAUCGACAUUGGAUAUGAGCGUUUCCUUGCACCCGAGAUCUUCUUCAACCCAGAAAUUUACUCGUCAGAUUUCCUUACCCCCCUCCCCACCGUCGUGGAUGGCGUAAUCCAAUCCUCCCCUAUCGAUGUUCGGCGGGGUUUGUAUAAGAAUAUCGUGCUUUCUGGAGGUUCGACGUUAUACAAGGACUUCGGCCGCCGUUUACAGCGUGAUAUUAAGCACUUAGUCGAUGCCCGAAUUCGCGCAUCGGAAGCCAGGAGUGGUGGAGCGCGUAGUGGCGGCCUAGAGGUCCAAGUGAUCACACAUAAACGGCAACGACAUGGCCCGUGGUUCGGAGGCAGCUUGCUAGGCCAGACGCCUGAAUUCCGCAGUUACUGCCAUACUAAGGCCGAAUAUGACGAGAUUGGACCUAGCAUCGUCAGAAGAUUUGCUCUGCUGGGUGGACCGGGAAGCACAUAGAAAGCUACUACUACUUACAUCUUAAGCAUGUUCGUUCAAUUUAUAUCAUUUGCGAUUUUCCCGACUUUUUUUCGCGUCGCUACUUUUUCCGUUUUUUUUUUUUUCCCUCUCGUUUUGUAGCUUAGAGUCGAAUGUUUAGCAAAGUUCAAAAGCUCAAUUCUUAUCCAACGGAACAUGGAAUCUAGCCCUUUCCCCGUCUAAUUCUUGCGUCCAUCACCAGGCGAAUCUCAGGAGGCACACGGAUAACUUUUCACGCUGUUUGAGUCGCACGAUAACGUCUGCGGGACCUCUAGUUAUGUCCAAACAAAACAGAACAAUAUUGAAUCGUAUACCCAUGAACUCAACAUACAGAAACCCUUACUUAACAGCUGCCCCUUGCCCCAUUCCGCUUACCAAAAGUAUACCAUACUCAAAAAUAUACAUAAAGAAAUCAAGUCACACACAUCUUCACCAAAGCAUACAAGGCAUGUGCUCCAAAAAAAAAAAAAAAAAAAAAAAAACAAUGCAUUAUUCAAUCUUUUGAAUCACUAUACCACUAUACCACUCACUAUACCCCUCCCCCUCCAACACAGCUUCCCACUCCGCCACUGCCUCCCCCAUCACCAGCUACACCUCCAGCCCCAAAAGCCCCAACACCCCCAUCACCACCACAAACCCCCGCCGCAACCUCCGCAACGCAAGUGCCAGGUAUGCAGUUCGCAGCUCCGUGGACGUCCGUACUCAUGCACGACGGGUUCGUAGGAUAUAUGGCCGACGUGAUGGACAGAUCGGUAGCGUAGGGCGCGUAGAACGGGAUGAAGAUGGGAUACCCCCAGAUGAUGGGGUAGUAGCCGUAGCGGCGGUCCUUAGCAGGGGUGUGUACGGAUAGGGACAGACUAGAUGUGGACGCAGAGGCAGAUGCAGAUGCAAGAAGGUGUUGCUGCCGUGUAGGUUUUUCGGCUAAAUCGUCGCUACUCUGCCCCGUGUCCUGCAUCCCCGUCCACAGGUGCCUCCCUUUUCCUUUGUCCGGCAUCUCUUUCUUCUUCAUCUCCUCCUUCGACCUCGCCCUCUCCCGCUUUUCCUCCCUCCUCAUCGCCUUCUGAUGAUAGUCCAUGAGCCGCUGCCGCACGCCAUGAUGCUUACUCUCCACCAUCCAUGGCUCCUGCAUCUUCGCCACCGGCACCGCAUUAUGCGUUGAAAUGUGCGGAUUCGCACCGGUUGGAUUCGUACCGGUUGGAUUCUGACCGUUUCCCAGCUCAGCGUGUAGCGACUCCGCCAGCUUCUUCGCCCGCGAUAUCAAAUACAUAUUCACAGCUGGUCCAUAGUUCGCCUCACGGGUAGCCUCGCAGUACCAGCAUAUACACUCGCUAUAGGGUUCGCCGUUGGUAUACUCCAUAUACUUCUUCGAUGUCCACUCGAAGGCCAUGGUGAGCUGAUCUUCCGUGACCUUAUCAUCAUGAUCGAUGAAGCGGUCGUGCGUUUUGUGGAGGGAGUAACGGAAGUAGGAUUGCGGGGCGAGUUGGUGCGUGUGCCAGCCCAGAUCGAUAUCGAGGGUGGGUACGGCGAGUUUCUUGUGCUGGGAGAUGAUGUGGAUGAAAACUGUGUAUCUGCUUAACAGAUGCUCCACGGUGGCUUGGAGGGUGGGGGAGUGGAGCCAGUCAAUUGUGUCCAUUUUUGUAAUGAAGGUCCCCUGGCGGACGACAGCGCCGACCAGGUCGAGACCGAAGACUGACGAGUUGCCCCAGUAUCGGGAGAGGAGGCGGCGGAAGGCAAUUUUCUCCUGGCGAGUUUGGGGGAGGGAGGGCAUUUUUGCUGGGGCAAAGAGGUAGCGUUCCUUUUUGAAAGCGAAUUCGAAGUAAUCGCGGAUUGUUUCUAUGGUAGCAGCGGGAUUGUGGUAGAAGUCUGUCCGAUCUAAAAGAUUGUUAUGUAGGACUUUUGAGAUGAUUUUGUUAGGUAGUUGCAUGUUUUCAUGGCCUUUAUGUUUGGUGUUUUCUGGGAGUCCGUUGAGAGAAAGAAGGGUGCCCGGCAUUGGUGUCUGAUAAAAUUGAAGCCGUGCCAUAUCUUGCCGAAACUGAGCGACCUGAAGGGUACUGUGCGUGAUAACAAGGGAGCAACUGGGACAGAUCCUGCGGAAACCUUUAUCUGCGUAACCGUCACUGUGUUCGAAGGGCGUUUCCAGAGCGUCCAGCUUCCAUUCCCUGCUCUCCCAUUCCACCUCAAUAGCUGUUAGGCAACUUGGACAUUUUAUCAGCUUGACUGGAGAGUCCAAGAGAUUGUCCCAGGGAAUCCCGGCCAUCCGUUCAAAGUAUUCCCUUGCAUCAUCUCCGGGUAAGAAGUUGAAGUCAUCCCUAUCCAGAGCUGCAUCGACAGCUGCCCAGGGCAUUCCUGUCACCCAAAAGCUCAUCCUCCCAAGACGAAUACAGUCCUCCAAAUAUAUUCGUGGAUUAAGCAUAUACGAAUGCCACACCAUGAUAACAUCUAUCAAGAAAAAAGUAUUAGUCCGCCGAAAAGAGAAAGAAAAAGUCGCUGAAACCGUCUACCCAAUGGUAAUAGAUUUGUACACAACAGGUCUUUAGAUCGAUACUAACCUAGCGGUGGUAGAGUAUCAACAGCGAGCACGAUCGCGGUAUCCCAAUCCGUAAUCUUAUGAUAAUUUUCACCAUUUUCAAUAUCGUCGACUGUCACGGUGCCAUUGAACAAGCCAUUCCCGCUAUCGGUGGUAAUGCAACUGUUGAACCAAGUUUCAAAUCGAUCUACUGCCCUGGUCACAUAUAUUUGCCAUCUCUUUUCCCUUAUAAUAGCAGCAGCUCUGUACUUGUC